GCUCCCAUCCUUCCGGGCUCACUUGCCUCCCCAUUCCGACGGGCCUGGUGUAUUCUCGCCCCCUCGCGGUCUUUACUCCCGUCUCCCAAGUCGCUGCGUCCUGCCCAAGAUGUGCUUCGUCUUGGACUCCAACUCCAUCUGUGGCCCCGACUUCAACGGGUACCAGUUCUACAGCACCGAUCAGUACGCCAACAGCGCCGACUUCAACACCUACGUCUCGGCCCUCGUUGUCAGCGUCCAGAACGUCACCACCAGCUUCGUCGGCACGAGAGCGUGUCUGCCUGCCGUCUCCCAGUCCAUCUCGAACCAGCUGAGAUACCAGCUCUCGUCCUUCUGUGGCCGAGUUGCCUAUCUUUCUUACAACGGCUCGAACGCCUGUCCCCAGACGAAAUCCCCCCCGCCAUUCCUCUGUCCGGACCAGUGCAAGUUUGCCUACACCACUCUGACCACCGUCUACAACGAUGUCAGUGUCUGCCCAGCCACCACCAGCAGCUCGGCGAUGCAGUCCCGCAACCAGAGCAUCAACAACGUCAUCGAGUACUGCAACAACGCCCUCACCCUCCAGACAUCCAACCCUUCCGUGCAGUGCUAUGCCGGCGCCCCUCUCGAGGUCAGCAACAGCGAUUGUGGCUUCAGAGAUCAAUCCAGCCGAAUUGCUGGCUGCCAGCUCAUCCCCAACGAUCCCUGCUGUAUGGCCCUCAACGGCAACAACAACACAAACAACGGCAACACUUCCGGAGGCAGCCCCAUCGGCAUCAUCGUCGGCUCCAUCCUCGGCGUCCUUGCCCUUGUCGGCAUCGUGGUGGCCGUCUGGAUCGUCCGCCGCCGGCGUCUGCAAAAGGCCUACAACUACCAGACCGACUACACUCAGCAUCAGACCUAUGCCUCCACUGGCAACUCGAACAACAACAUUCCAAUUGCACCCCUCAAGUCGGCUCUCUCUUCUCGUUCCCAGCAACCAGACAGCCUCUCUGUACUCACAUCCGUGGGCGCUGCUGCUGUUGCCCAGGCUCCUCCGGCCUCUAAAGCUGCACCCGGGGCUGCCGCUGCCUCCAUCGAGCUCUCUCAAGCGAUUCCUGGGGCCACUGCUGCCCAGAAUGUCAUGCGAGUCGUGCACCCCUAUGCUCCCACUCUCGCCGACGAGCUCGAGCUCGAAGUCGGCCAUGAUGUGAUUGUGAUUCGAUCCUUUGAUGAUGGCUGGGCUCUCGGACUGGUGCCCACCACUGGCAAGCAGGGCGCUUUCCCCCUCGUCUGCGUGGCCCGGCCUGAAGAUGUGGUCGCCUUUGAGCUCGCCAACGGUGGCCAGCGGUUCUCGACCGCCACCUCGAGCGACAUCCAGUUCAACAAGCGUAUGUCGUCUCAGAUCAUCUCGGCCGAGGACAUUGAGGCAGUCGCCAAGAUGGUUGUCCAGCAGCGCUCGACGAUGAUCAAUGCCAACGGCGAAGUGCGGCUCCAAUAAACAACGGGGGCACCCCGGUUUUUUGAGCAUUGA